UAACAUUACAUUGCAUGUAAACACAAAAUUAGAAAUAUAUAGUUGUAGAUCUAUUAUUUUUCUAUUCUAUGUUGUAAAAAUACUGUCAGACGGUGUCAAGUGUCAAGUGAGGUUUUUUAAUUGUCAUCAAUAAAAUAUUAACAAUUGCUAAAUGUUCCUGCAAAUUUCGGAGAAAUUGUAAAAUAUGAAUUCUUCCAAGAUGGAAAGAUUUCUGCCAAAUGAGUGCUACAUUUGUAAAUCGAGGGACAAUUUAAAAAGAUGUGAAUGCAACAUGAUUUCUUAUUGUUCUGAGGAUCAUAGAUUACAACAUUUACUAGUUCACGAAAGUUUUUGCAAAGUAAUUAAGAAAUUAUUAAAAGAGAAAAAAGUAUCACAUAUUUAUGAAGAGCUCAUAGAUAUAUGUGGGGACCCUUGGAAAACGAAAGUAAAUGAAAUCUACCGAGAAAUAUUAAAGAAAUUGAAACGAAAUAUGAGUCUAUUAGAAAAAUUAAUGUUUAAUCGUCCGCGAAACUGUUACGUUUGUUCCAAUACACAAGAUGAAGAUUUAAUCAAUUGUCCCCAUUGUCCAGUGGCAAGUUUUUGUAAAAAGCAUCCUCGAGAUGAAAUUCACAGUAAGAAUUGCAAAGUGAUGAAUCAAUAUUUCAAAAUUCUUCACGCAGCAGAGGAAUUAAAUAUCGACUUGGAAUUUCUCUCUCCUACUUUUCCGUGUAUUACAGAAGAAAAAGUAAAUCAAACUGAUAUAGACAAACUUACACUUACAUAUCGAGUAGAAGACAUGAAUGAAACAUGUUUACAGUUGAGAUUAUUAAAAUUGGAACUCAUUAGCUUUAUGGACGUGGCUUCAAAAAUUAAUAACGCUUUUCAAAAAAUACACAACACAAUUUCAGAAGGAUUGUUAAUUCACAUCGAUGCCUUUUCCUAUGAACAUGCAAUUACAAAAAAGAAUUAUUGGGAAUUUCUCUUGCAUCUCAAUCCGCAGAUAAAAAUGUUAAAAAUUGUCAUUACUGCAACUAAAAAUCAGGACAAUUUGGAGACUUCUCUUUGUCAAGAUUGUCAUUCAGAGGAAAAAGAAUUAAUUGUUGAAUAUUUGUCAAAAUCUUACGAUGAUUAUAUGCUAGAUGAAAAUUAUCGGAAACCGGACAUUUUGUUCUACGUGAAAAUCGUCGAUGAGUGUAAUUCUGAAAAACGAAAUCAGUGGAGUGAGUUUAAUUGUCCCGUCAUUUUGCGAUUUGAUAAAAGUUCGAUUUUUUGUCAAACACUACAAUUUCUCUUGCUUUCAACAGCGAAGUUUGAAUUUAUUUACGAGGGACAAAUAAAAGCACCAUUCAGUACAUUAUCCUCAAUUGAAAAUGAAGACUACUUUAUUAUUUUACAGUCAAAGGGAAAAAAAGAACUUCAAAAAUCUGUUUGUUCGUCAGAAGGUGAAAUCAACCAAACAAAUACUCCAGCUCCAUCGUCAUCGAAACGUUCAUUUGCAGCUAUUGUCGAACGCGGUGAAGAGGAGGAAGGAAGGAAGAAUAAAAAAUCGAAAACUGAAAAUGGUAAAAACUGUUCAAAGUCUAUCGAUAAGGAAAAUUUUGAUCCAAAUGGAGAAGAAGGAAAAAUUGCCAAAAAGAACGAUAAAAUUAAUUCUUCUCAAUCGUAUAUAAUCAAACGCAUUUCGUAUCUUGAAAACGAAAACGAGGACUUGCGGCAACAAUUAAAUUUAUCAGUUAAUGAGGUAACGAAACUGCAAACAGAACUUGAUCAGGUUUCUAUUAAUUUAAACAAAAAGGAAAAGGUAAUAAAGAAAUUAUUACGCGUUGUUGAUGACUCUGAAGACAUUAAAAUUGAAGACACAGUUUCAUUGUCUGAAAACAACAGCAUUUAAUCCGUAUUGAAAAAAUGGCUCCAUUUUUAUUUCUUUAAAAGAAAUCUUCUAGUUUUUCUUUUUUUUUAAUUUAAAAUUCAAUUAUUACUUUCUUAUUUUAUAUCCCCGUUUACUGUUUCAGUAACUUAUAAGUUUAAAAAUAUUGUUAAAAAAAAUGUGAUGUAUUAUAAUGAAUACAAUUAGUUCUAGUUCGGUUUAAAAGAAUGAUUAUCGACUUUAUAUUUUUAGUUAACACUGUUUUGAAUUAAAAAUUCAAUCACUCUUUAUGUUUUUGUAUUUCUUUUUUAUAUUUAAACUAAAAUUUUAUUUUUUAUAAAAAUAUUUAAAUAUUAUGACUGUCAUUAAAGUUCUA